AUGGCAACCUUCAUGGACCCUGGGGUUUUUCCACGAGGUAAACCUGGACAGGAUGAGGGUGGGUGGCUCGGGGAAAAUAUGGGCAGGAAGGAAUGAAGGCAAACAGACAGAUAACAACAUCAACAACAACAACAUAAUACAUUUAUUGUCAAUGUACAACCUUUGUACAAUGAAAUUAACUGAGCCUCCCGCCCCCCAAACACUCAGUCUCAUUGCACUCUGUGUGCUUGUCGCACAACACACCAAUCCUGAAAGUCAGUUGCACUAUAUUAUUUUCCGUUCAGCAGCCUAACAGCCCACGGAUAGAAACUGUUUUUUAGCCUACAAAAUGGCACAACCAGCUUUUAUUCCCCCCCCCCACUAUUAAUACCCCUAAUAGGAAAAUUAGUUACCUGAUUAUGCAGCCUUAAUCUGCAGUUUCGAGAACUCCUGUUCAGAGUUCCUAGCCAGCCAGCUGUGCCCUGUUCCAUCCUCCCCACCAUCACCAGUCUUGUCCUGUCCCCCCCCCCGCAACAGAUACUCUGUGUUCUGUUGCUAUCGAGCAUGCUCAGUCCUCAUCAGACUGGUGGGGGGGGUGUUUCCUUCCACUUAGGUUUCCCCCUACCCAGAUUGUUGGACUUCUGUAACCCUUUGGGGUUCCUCUGAACAUGUUGAUACCUCCCUCCUGGAUGGUGCAAUUUUGGCUGAGUCGUGUUCUAUAAACAGAGAGUGAGUUUACUAUUGGUAAAUAUCAAGGAUGGGCAGAUGGGAGUUGUAAUUCAGUAACAUCUAGAAGUGCACAGAUUCCCCAUCUCUGGUAUAUUGGAGUUGUUGUUGUUGUUGUUAUUUAGAUGUGUUAGUCACCCGUAUCCCAAAUAGGAUCGUUCAUUGUUUAUUUGCAACGGAUUGCUGUUGUGAACAGCGACAAAUGCUCUUGUCAGGUGUGUGUGUUCGUGUGUGUGUCUGGCUUCAACUCAUGCAACAUGCCAGCUUUUAUCACGUUUGAUGGGAGAUGUGCUGGUAAACACUAUGCAGAUUCUUGUCUGGAUAGCUUAGCCUCUUUCUUUUGAAGUGUCUGUCCUUUUAAGUCAUGAAACUAGCGGCUUGUUCCUGCCUUCUCAGGAGCCUUUAGCGCAAUUGCUGCUGAUGUUUGUUUUUCUGGGGUUUAGGUUUUAUUCAAUGCGUUACCUCUGCUGAGAUUUCCUAGUGACGCCAAGCCUGUCACAAAUGGUAGAGGAGGGAGGUAAAUUUAUGCUGCAGGUGGGCACUCCAUGGAAUAUGUAUUUUUAAGAGCAGAAAACACUGAAUAUAUAAAAUGGGAUGUGAGGAAGAAGGGUUAUGUUAGCCUAGCCUUCUUCCUUGAUAUUCUGAUUUUUAAUGUGCUGGGGUUUUUAUUUAUUUAUUUGCACUUCCACACCUUAGAUUUAAAGCACAUGACUUCCCCCCAAAGAAUCCUGGCAACAGAAGCAGCCUUAACAAACCACAGGAUCCCAGGAUUAUUUGGGAGAAGCCAUGUGCUUGAAAUACGUGGUGUGAAUGUGACUGUACAGUUUAGACAUGAGUUUAAUGUAUCAUCCCCUCUGUUCCCAAUGAUCAGACUACAGUGGUACCUUGGUUGUCAUAGUUAAUCUGUUCCGGGAGUCCGUUCGCCCCCCGGAACUGUUCGAAAACCAAGGCGCAGCUUCCGAUUGGCUGCAGGAGCUUCCUGCAGCCAAUUGGAAGCUGCAGAAGCUGCGUUGGAAGUUUGGCUUCCAAAAAACGUUCGCAAACCAGAACACUUACUCCAGGGUUUGUGGCGUUUGGGAGCCGAUUUGUUUGGGAGCAAAGCCAUUCGACAAAGCCACUUCCGAGCUGGAGAGGAGGUGGGGUUGCGGGCCCACCCCCUCCCCACGCAUGCGGGGGCUGGCUUACAGCCCCCGCGAGAGCAGGGGAAUCCUCGGGCGCGUCACUGCCCCGGCCAGCCAAUCGGAGGGCCGGGGAGGCGUGGCCUAACACAUUUAAGGCUGGCGCGCCCGGGGACUUUCCUCUCUUCCCCGUUCCAGCUGUGUGUCACUGGUAGAGAAGAAGAAGAGUUUGGAUUUGAUACCCCGCCUUUCACUCCCUUUAAGGAGUCUCAAAGCGGCUAACAUUCUCCUUUCCCUUCCUCCCCCACAACAAACACUCUGUGAGGUGAGGGGGGCUGAGAGACUUCAGAGAAGUGUGACUAGCCCAAGGUCACCCAGCAGCUGCAUGUGGAGAAGCGGAGACGCGAACCCGGUUCCCCAGAUUACGAGACUACCCCUCUUAACCACUACACCACACUGGCUCUCACUGGUAGGGCUAUAGUUCAGUGACUGCAUCCUCUUGCCUAGACAGUGGUGAAGGGCCAGAGCUGCGCUAGAGCAGGUUCUUUGCAUGCAGAAGGUCCAAGUUUCAGUCCCUGGCAUCUCCAGCUGGGGCUGGGAGAGAACUCUGCUGGAAAACCCAACAGUGGCAGUGUAGGAAGUACUGAUCUAGAUGCUCCAGUAGUCUGACUUGGUACCAGGCAGAUUCCCAUUGUGUUGCUCUGUAUUACGUUGUGCUGUGCUCUUAGCGGUUUGGCGCUAACCAUCUUCUGCCUCCAUCUAACCAUGUGUUUUCUCCUCCUUUCCCGGGGACGGGGUUGAAACCUUUGAGCAGCAGACGAAGACGAGGAUAAAGACGACGACUUCCGAGCUCCGCUCUACAAGAACGUGGAGAUUAAAGGGAUCCAAGUACGGAUGAAGUGGUGCGCCACCUGCCAUUUCUACCGCCCUCCGCGCUGUUCCCAUUGCAGCGUCUGUGACAAUUGUGUUGAGGUAGGACAAGGCCCCCCUGCCCACUUUGGGGGAAGAGACUCUAGCUCCGUGGUGGAGCCAUAACAAAAUAUGACUCCCCAGUACAGUCAAACCUUGGUUGUUAAACAUAACCCGUUCCAGAAGACCGUUCAACAUCUGAAACAUUCGACAACUGAGCCGUGGCUUCCGAUUGGUUGCAAGAGCUUCUUGCACUCAAGCGGAAUCCGUGGCAGACGUUUGGGCUCCAAAAAACAUUCAAAAAUUGGAGCAUUUACUUCCGCGUUUUGGCAUUCGGGAGCUGAAAUGUUCAAAAAUGGAGCCGUUCGAGAACCAAGGUUUGACUGUAUCCUUGAGCAUUUUGCGGAGAGGGAAAUCAUAGCUUAGUUUUAACUAGUUUAAUUUUGCUUUUGUUUGUUUUUUAAUGUUGCAUACCAUCCUGGGAUCCUGCAUUGAUAUAAAAAUGUAUGGUGGUAGUAUUUAGCAUGAAUAUUUGGCUCAACAGCAUUGAGCUUGAAUCCCUGGGUUCAAUAGACUUUUUCAGCCAUUGACUUUUUUUGGUGAGGUCAGGACUGUUACUUUUUUCUUUUCUUUUUUAGCUUCAGCCCCCUAAUAGCAAAGUAUAGUGGAGAUUUCUAGCCUGAUCUGGUGAAGAAUGCAGCCAAAGAGACAAGGAAAUGUUGUUUGUAAACUAGAGAACUGUGACUCCAGGCUGUUACUGUCAGGCAAGGUGUAGCUGUCCUCCAUACCAAAAUUAUUCAGGGUCAUUUCUGUUGUGAGGCCAUUUCUUUCCAUCAGCUGGUUGACUAAAGUUGUAAUGCUAACCCCACUGAACUCAAUAGGACUUACUUCUAAGAAAGUAAGAGUAAGAAAGCACUGUUAAGUCUUUAACACAAUGUUUAAAAGUAGUCAGCUGUGUAAUUAAAAAAGGAGGGGAAAUCUAAUCAGUUGUAAUAAGCAGAAACUCAUUAAGCGAGGUGUCAAAGGCAGCCAGAGUCAAUUGUAAAGCAUUCUGACUGUAAUCACAAGAUCGGUCGCAAUGAAAACUAACGGAGCAGAAUUCAUUCUCCGAGAAACAAGAACAGGAUUUUAAUUCUAACAGCAAUUAAAAAAAACCAACCCUAACAAACCUUUAAGAGGGUUUCAACAUUCUCUUUUUUAAAAAAUAAAAUCUUCUUAAUUUUGAAAUUUACAAACAAUUAUCAAACAACCAAAUUAAAAAGAGAAUUCCAUAGAUUCUCCUGAACUUCCCUCCUCCCCUUUGUGGGUCCUUAUGUUAACUUUUUUCCUCCUGCAACUUCUCUAUUAAUCCCAGUCUGUUAAAUCUCCAUUACAACCAUAGGUCAACAUUAAACUACAAGUUUCAUUCCAAUCCUAUUAAUAAUAUUAAUUGUUUACAACGAUAAAUUAUAUGUUUUCCCCAUUCCUUAUUAAAAUUUGGGUCUUCCUUAUUUCUAAUUCUUCCCGUCAUUUUGGCAUACUUCAUCAGUUUAAUUUGCCAUUCUUCCCUGGUAGGGACUACUUUCCAUCUCUGGACAAGUAACAUCCGAGCAGCAGUGGUCGCAUACAUAAAUAGUCUUUUCUGAUCCAUUGGUAUUUCUGUACCUAGAAUUCCUGGAAGGAAAUCUUUGGGGGUUUUUUUUAGAAAAGGUUAUUUUAAAAAAAAUUCUCCAGUUCAUUAUAUUAAAAAAGGUAAAGGACCCCUGACAGUUAAGUCCAGUCACGAACGACUCUGGGGUUGCAGUGCUCAUCUUGCUUUACUGGCUGAGGGAGCCGAUGUUUGUCCGCAGACAGUUUUUCUGGGUCAUGUGGCCAGCAUGACUAAGCCGCUUCUGGCAAAACCAGAGCAGUCCACGGAAACGCCAUUUACUUUCCCGCCGGAGCAGUACCUGUUUAUCUACUUGCACUUUGACGUGCUUUUGAACUGCUAGGUUGGCAGGAGCUGGGAUCGAGCAACGGGAGCUCACCCCGUCGUGGGGAUUCGAACCACCAACCUUCUGAUCGGCAAGCCCUAGGCUCAGUGGUUUAGACCACAGCGCCACCCACAUCCUUACUUCAUUAAAUACAGUCUCCCAAAAUUCUUUUACUACUUUACAAGUCCACCACAUGUGAUAGAAGGUACCUUCUUUUUCCUUACGUUUCCAGCAUGUAUUUGACCUUGUUUUAUAUAUUUUAGCUAAUUUACCAGAAGUACCAACGGUACAUCAUUUCAAUGUAAUUUUCUUUCAAAGUACAAUAUGCUGUAAACUUCAAAUCCCAGUUCCAUAACCUCUCACAUGCUGUAAGUUGUAUAUUAUGUCCAAAGUCCCUCACCCAGUGUAUCAUAACCGAUUUAACCUGUUCAUCUUUUGUAUGCCAUUCUAAUAUUAGUUUAUACAUUUUAGAAAGCAACAUUCUCAUAAGGUUCAACAGGUGUCGACACUGUGCUAUACUGGAGCCAGAUAAUUCUUUAUUGUAUUGUAUUUAGUGAAGUAUUAUCAUAGAAUUUUUGAAGUCUUAACACCUGCUGAACUUAAUGACAAUGGAAGGGAACGUGGAGAUCAUCUGGUCCAGUGGUGAAGAACCUCCAGCCUUCCAGGUGGUUUUUUGGGGGGAGGGAAUACCCAUCUGCCCAUCACCUGAUGUCAUAUGGCUGUCCUGACCUGUGUGGCCUGAGGGAAGGCAGAAGCGAGGAGGCCCAGAGCAGGGAGGACAUACCGUACAUCAUCAGCUCCCAGUGACCUGAGAUGACUGUGUCACUCUACAUAUUAGACAACGCAGUUGUUUCAAUGUUUUAAACUUGUAAACCGCCUUAGGUGCCUUGACAGAAAGGUGGUAUAUGAAUCAGAUAGACAGAUAGAUGAUAGAUAGAUAGAUGAUGAUAGAUAUAGAUAGAUAGAUGAUAGAGAUAGAUAGAUAGAUAGAUAUAGAUAGAUAGAUAGAUAGAUAGAUGAUAUAGAUGAUAGAUAGAUGAUAGAUAGAUAGAUGAUAGAUAGAUAGACAGACAGAUAGAUAGAUGAUAGAUUGAUAGAUAGAUAGAUAGAUAGAUGAUAGAUAGAUAGAUGAUAGAUAGAUAGAUAGAUAGAUAGAUAGAUAGAUAGAUGAUAGAUAGAUGAUAGAUAGAUAGAUAGAUGAUAGAUAGAUGAUAGAUAGAUAGAUAGAUAGAUAGAUAUAGAUUGAUUGAUAGAUAGAUAGAUGAUAGAUAGAUAAUGAGAGAUGAUAGAUAGAUAGAUAGAUAGAUAGAUAGAUAGAUGAUAGAGAUGAUAGAUAGAUAGAUAGAUAGAUAGAUAGAUAGAUAGAUAGAUAGAUAGAUGAUAGAUAGAUAGAUAUAGAUAAAUAAUAGAUAGAUGAUAGAUAGAUGAUAGAUAGAUAGAUAGAUAGAUAGAUAGAUAUAGAUAGAUAAGCCACAGUCCCAAAUUAAAAAAGAAAGAAUCUACUUCCUUUCCAGCCUCUGUUUCAACAUGGCACUUUUUAAAAUUUCCCACCUUUUUCUGCCACCCUGCACAGCAACAGGUAAAGACACCAGAUUCAAAAAGCAUUGGAUUCAAUGCCUGUUCACUCAUCCUGUUUCAAGACCCAGACGUUAGACUACAACUCCCAUGAUUCCUGACAUAGGCCAUGCUGGCUGGAAUGGAUGUGAGCUGUCUGGAGGGCGUCACGUUCUCCGCCCUUGAACUAGAUGAUGUUGAACUAGAAUUUGCAAGAGCCAUUUGCACAAGAGAAAGCCCUAAUCUGAGCAGGGAGCUCACUGUGGAAGCGCACUCACUGAGGCCAACCUUCCAUUAGGGCAGGGAUAGGGAAACUGUGGCCAGGUGCUGGACUACAACAUCCAUCAUCCCUGAACAUUGACCAUGCUGGGUGGGUCUGAUGGGACUUGUAGUCCAACAACAUCUGGCGGGCAUCCAAGUUAGGGGAGGUUGCCCUACAAGCUUUCCCCCGAGGAAGCACAAAGGAGACCAGCUGUCCUUUUUUCCUCCCAGUUUUCCAAGUGAGACAUAAUGCAGACCAUCUUGCAUCACUUCCCGUCCUGGUUUGCUGUAGCAGACAGCAUUCCUACAUUAUUAAGCUUUGAUUGCUUACCGAGGAGAAUAAGCAGAGCCAUUAACAAACCUUGAAUCAAUAAGCUUUGUCAUCAGGCCAAGCCGUCUAUUGAUUUCCCCCUCCCUUUUUGGCGAGGUGAAACUCCUAUGUGCUUAUGUAUCACACUGGUGCCAGGAGACUUGGUCACAAUGAAGCCUUUAUUGGCGUUUCAAUCCAGAGGCUCCCUUUAAAAGGCAAGAGUCGUCAUUCAUUUGUUUCAUUCACAUCCAGGUUUUAAAUUUCACAAUCACUUCCAAUGGAAAGCAUAACUUAAAUGCUGCAGGGCGAGAUAGCAAAUGCGUUAGACAGCCAGUCCCCACAACCAUUCUACUCGCACAAGACAAGACCAGUCUUCCUUUCCCAGCGGUGCGCGGGAUAAAUUGGUUCUGUCCACACAUGCCUGAAUUUUGCAUGCCGCCAUUCAGUUGGUUCCAGUUUUUGGCGGGCCCUUGAGCAGGUAGACCUCCCUCCGUCCCACCAAACUUGUCUUGGAAAGGAUGGCAAUGGGUAGGGCAUGCGACUCAAUAUAGUGCCCUGCAGUAGGGGCACACAGUCGUUUGGUAAUGAAUGAAAGAUUUAGCCAAAUGAAGCCCUACAUUCAACAUUAAUCCCAUGAGUAACAAUUGGGCUUGUUUUCAACAGCUCGUUUGUCCCGGUCACUUGGGGAUAGGCAGUGGGCCUAAAUUUUGCAGGUGCCUUCUGAUGGCUACCACUUUAUUUUCCCAGAAUGCCCCAGAAGUUGCCACUUUGCAUGGGUAUUGCUGGGAGAAAGGGGUUGCUGCCACCACCUGUGCAGGCUGCCAUGUUCCUAUGAUGGCUGCUGUUGUUUUUUUUAUCAACCAUUAAGAGAUAGAGGGAGAGAAGAAAUAAGUUGGUUACAAUAUUGAAUGAUGACUUCCAUCUCAACCACCAAUGAAUGCUCCAGAAUGAGGCAAUAUCUAGAGCAGCGUCUUCCAACCUUGGGUUGCCAGGGAAUUUUUUUGACUACAUAUUCCAUCAUCCCUAGACAUUGACUUAAGCUGUCUGGGGCUGAUGGGAGUUGUAGUCCAGUAGUGUUUGGGGGCCCCAGGUUUGAAAAAGUCUGCUUUUAUACUGCUGUUCACCACCUUAGUGUUGUUGACAAACAACACUACAGCACACUUUCUACUGUUCAAAUUAGAAACCAAGUUAUGUACAGUUCAGGAAAAUGUGAGCGUGAAAGCUUUGCUUUCAGCAGUUUAACUUUAAAGUGGUGUUUGCGGGGAGGCAGAGAAUUCACCUUCUACCUGGGCAUGGGGUGAAGCCAUCAGGUACCUUAUUUUUUGCUCUAUAAGAUUCACUUUUUCCCUCCUAAAACGUAAGGGGAAAUGUGUGUGUGCUUCUUAUGGAGCGAAUGCAGGCUGCGCAGCUAUCACAGAAGCCAGAACAGCAAGAGGGAUUACUGCUUUCACUGCGCAGUGAUCCCUCUUGCUGUUAUGGCUUCUGAGAUUCAGAAUAUUAUUUUUCUUGUUUUCCUCCUCCAAAAACUAGGUGCGUCUUGUGGUCUGGUGCGUCUUAUAGAGAGAAAAAUACGGUAAUUACUCUGCCAUGUACCAAACUAUGAUGCAGAUAUAAUCAACCCACAUUUUCUCUUUACAUAGAAGUCCACUUUCUCAUUGGGUCUUUCUUUGACAGGAAGGGCCAUAGCUCAGUGGUGGAGCAUCUGCUUUGCAUGCAGAAGGUCGCAGGUUCAAUCCCUGGUGUCCCUACCUGAAACCCAGGAAAGUCACUGCCAGUCAGUGUUGACAGUGCUGAUCUAAAUGGACCAAUGGUCUGACUCGCUGCAAGAGAGCUUUCUGUGUUCCUUUUUUUCUAAGCAAUGGGACCUAGGACCAAGUUUAAAAAUAACGAAAAGCUCAAGAUUCUCAUAAUAGUGCAAUCCAGCCCGAUUCUGUGGUUUUGUUGUUGCCAACUAAAUACCGGGCAAAGCAAAGUUGGAAAUUGUGGGUGGCAUCUGUGAUAACGUUGCUUCUUUCCAUAGCUGUAUGUUAUGCUGUAUCUCUUCAUUUCUUUGCAAGGAUUUUGACCAUCACUGCCCUUGGGUUAAUAACUGCAUAGGACGGAGGAACUACCGAUAUUUUUUCCUUUUCUUGCUGUCCUUAAGCGCCCACAUGAUUGGAGUGUUCAGCUUUGGGCUUAUCUAUGUUUUACACCAUGCGCAGAAGCUGGGGGCGGCACCCACAGCCAUCACGUAUCCUUCCUUCGGUGUUUGGGAUGUUCAAGAACUGGGCAGAAGGAACUGGGCAGAUGGGGCCUCCCUUAGGACCUGCACAAACAGCUGGCCCUUCAGUCAUGGUAGUUCUACGACUUCUCCCAGCCGCAUGGCCGGUGAUUGGGGACGAUGGGAGUUCUGCAGCCCAAAUAGCACAUGGAGGGUCCUAGGUUCCCCAUCCCUGGUGCAGAUGUUUUACGCAGCUGUCAGCUAACAUGGCAUGAUGCAGGGUCCAAAAGCCCUCCUGGCCUCCUCUGUUUCUGCUGGAGAAAGGCUGUAGCCCAAAGCUAGAGAACCUACACUGCCUGUAAACGGUGCCAGGUUCGAUCCUCAGCAUCUCCAAGGUAAAGUAAAGGUAAAGGGACCCCUGACCAUUAGGUCCAGUCGCGGACGACUCUGGGGUUGCAGCGCUCAUCUUGCUUUAGUGGCCGAGGGAGCCGGCGUACAGCUUCCGUGUCAUGUGGCCAGCAUGACUAAGCUGCUUCUGGCGAACCAGAGCAGCGCACAGAAACGCCGUUUACCUUCCCGCUGGAGUGGUACCUAUUUAUCUACUUGCACUUUGAUGUGCUUUUGAACUGCUAGGUUGGCAGGAGCAGGGACCGAGCAACGGGAGCUCACCCCGUCAUGGGGAUUCGAACCGCCAACCUUCUGAUCUCCAAGGUAGGGCUGCCCAAAACUCCCAUCUGAAAUCCUAAAACGCUGCUGCCCAUCAGUGUAGGAAAUACUGAACUAGAUGGACCAGGAGUCUGACCCAAUAUAAAGUAGCUUCCUGUGUCCCUUUUUCAUAUUUCCAGCUGGGUGCAAGGCGAGUUGCAAAGCAGCUGCACUCGGCGUACUAGCACACUCCAUCGUUCACCCUUAGCCAUGCUUUGGCUUAGUGUUGUGUUUUGAAACAGACCAGUUUCUCUCCCAGCUAGUGCAGAGUUUUCCCCUUCUUCCUUCUAAUUCUGUUCCCUUUUGUGUCUUGUUUUCUAGAUUGUGGGCCUGCAGGCCCAGGGCCUGAUAGUUUUUAUUCCUCUACAGUUCUUAGUGUAUUUUUAGGCACCUUUAUCAAUAAUAAAUUAUGAUAAUUAAGAAGAAAGCUAAGUAAAAUCUCUGUAGUCAAAGGCAGUAUACCACCGACUGGUAUUUGUCAGAGGACAAACAAAUGGAGGGAAAUAAGUUUCACUGGGUCUUCCCUGCCCCCAAAUGGAGGACGAUUAUAUUCCAGGUUAUAUUUUCUUCUCCUUCAGUCAUUUCGUCAUCCUUAAGUAUAGAAUUUCCUUAAUGCAUAAUGCAUACAGUAUGGCUGUCAUGUGUGUGGCGGGUUUGUUCUUUAUUCCAGUCAUUGGUCUCACAGGUUUCCAUAUUGUUUUAGUGGCCCGGGGACGCACUACUAAUGAACAGGUAAGAUGGCAUUAUUAUUAUUAUUAUUAUUAUUAUUAUUAUUAUUAUUAGCAGUAGUAGUAAAAAUGUAUACCCUCCCUUAGACUGCAUUAGCCAGGCAGCAUACAUGAAAAUAUUAAAGAUCACCUCCAGAUUAUCAUUAUUUUGGGGGAGGGAUUCAAUUGUGUUCUGGAAAUUUGGGUUUGCACAGUUAAAGUCGCACUCUGUCGCACUCUGUUGCAACAAACCUGCAUCUUCAUUUGACUUUUUCCACUUAUGAAGGUGACAGGGAAAGGCACAAAAAAGCGUAAGGUAACAACUGAUUAGCGUUCAAUAAAGAGCAGACAUCUUAUCAUCUCCAAACAAGCUCUGUAUAAGCAAAUCAGAGAUGGAUGCUCAGUAAACAGUUUGCCUAGAGGAACUCAGUGACGCAAUAAACACAUUCAAAGAUGCAAACAGCAGAUAGAUAAAAGCAGGAAUUUGCAUGGUAAUGUAUAUUUCCAUGGAAACAUGUGGCCCUCCAGGUGUGCUUGAACUACAGUUCUCAUCAGCCCCUGCACAUGCAGCCAGUGGCCAGUGAUGAUGGAAGCUGUAGUUCGGCAACACCAUUUCAAAACUUGACUUCUUUCUCCCUCUUUCUGCAGUUCCUUAAAUUUGUUUUUAAUAUCUUCUGCCUAUCCAAAUUAACUUAAUUGGUUCCUUUAUUCAUCUACUUUAAAAAUAUACUCUUAUGAAACUGCAGGUUAUUACAGUAAUCCUGCCAAAGUUCUUACCAGUUUACAAUUUGUCUGUAAAUAGUCAAUAAACCAUUUCCAUUCUUUUAUGAAAAGUUUGUUAUCUUGAUUUCUUAUUCUUCUGGUAAGUUUCACCAUUUCUGCAUAUUCCAUAAGUUCUUCCUGCUGGGACUUCUGCUUCUUUCCAUUUGGGGGCAAGUAACAUUCUUGGUGCUAUAGUAGUAUUCAUGAAUACCUUUCCGUACAGUUUGGGUAGUUCUGUCCCUAUACAGUGGUGCCUCGCAAGACGAAAAGAAUCCGUUCCGCGAGUCUCUUCGUCUUGCGGGUUUUUUCGUCUUGCGAAGCAAGCCCAUUAGCGGUUUAGCGGAUUAGCGCUACAGUAUUAGCGGCUUAGCGGGCUUAGCGGAUCAGCUGAUAAGCGGCUUAGCGAUCAGCUGUUAAGCGGCUUAAAGAUCAGCUGAUAAGCGGCUUAACGAUCAGCUGUUAAGCGGCUUAGCCAUCAGCUGAUAAGCGGUUUAGUGGCUUGGGAAAAGGGGGGGGGGAGGAAAAAAACCCCGCAGGAACUCGCAAGACAUUUUCAUCUUGCGAAGCAAGCACAUAGGAAAUUCGUUUUGCGAAGCACCUCUAAAACGGAAAACCAUUUCGUCUAGCGGGUUUUCCAUCUUGCGAGGCAUUCGUCUCGCGGGGCACCACUGUAAUUCCCAAAAGGAAAGCUUCUAGGGUUUUUUUUACAAACGUUAUUUUAAACACCCUUUUCCAUUCAUUAUAUAUCAUUUUCCAGCAAGCUUUAACCUUACUACAAGACUACCACAUAUGAUAAAAAUAACCUUCUUUCUCUUUACAUUUCCAACACUUACUUGAUUUAGAUUUAUACAUUUUUGCCAAUUUACUCGGUGUUAGAUACCAUUGAUAUAUCCUUUUCAUAUAAUUUUCUCUUAGGCCAUAACAUGCUCUCAGAAUUUUUCACUGAACUUUUGCUGCCCCCCAUUGCCAGUAGGGUUUAUGUAAAUAAAGCAGAAAAACAACUUUCCCCUACAUGUGGCAGGAAAAUGGGAAAGGAGAUGGGGGCUUUAGGGCAGGGAAAUGACAGGCAGGGGAAAGGAAAGUAAGUACUCCCUUGCUCCCCAAGGAGCUUUGCUAUUUAAAUUUUAUUUUAAAGGCAUCUAGGAACUGCUGUGGGCUGCUGGGAGAGGUGUAUUGUAGUCUUCCCCAACUUAGUUGCCUCUAAACGUUGGUGGGACUACAGUUUCCAUCAUCUGUGACCACUGUCAUGCUAGCUGUGGCUGAUGGGAAAUGGAGUCCCAACAAACAUCUAAGGCAGGCAUGGCCAAACUUGGCCCUCCAGCUGUUUUGGGACUACAGUUCCCAUCAUCCCUGACCACUGGUCCUGUUAGCUAAGGAUGGUGGGAGUUGUAGUCCCAAAACAACUGGCGGGCCAAGUUCAGCCAUGCCUGAUCUAAGGGGAACCAGUUUGGGGAAGGCCAGUCUUUUCUGGCACAUAGAAUUUCUGGAAGCACCAAGUUGGCUAUUGCUCGAAAGAGAACGCUGUGUUAGAUGGAUCUCUGGUCUGAGCAAGCAGGAUCCUUCUUAAGGUCUUACGAUAUGGGGCACAGGUGAUCAAUGUGUUGUUGGUUUCUAAAGGGUUAAUUGAUGCUUCACGUACCUGUUCAAAGUGCCCUGAAUGUUAUAAUUCCAGGUGACGGGUAAGUUCCGUGGGGGAGUAAAUCCUUUCACUCGAGGAUGCUGCGGUAAUGUGGAACACGUUCUCUGCAGCCCUCUGGCACCCAGGUAAGCUAGGAGGAGAGAUAUAUGAAACUCUAGCUACUGACCAAGGGUGAAUCCCCACUGUGUUUAGUGUGUGCAAAAGUCAGCUUUGGGCCUGGACAGCCUGUUUCAAAUCUACCUCCUUGACUUAUUCACAUGUGGUGGGUGGAGGGUACAUAUCAGUGGCUCAGAAAAGGUUUCCCCUCUCUUCUCUCACGUAGGAGGUGGUGCCUCUUCUAAGAUGGUGCUAACAACCUUAAGGUUUUCUUAAAAUAUACUUGUAUUAAAUAAAUUUAAUCCUGCAUGUUUCACCGGAGAUGUCAUCUUAGAAGAGGCAGGAGAGAAUGCCUCUCCAAUAAUGAUGGCUUUCUCAUGGCAGGCAUCAUAAUCUAAAAACAAAAAUUAUAUCCUAUAUACUUUCCCCCUCUUUAGAAUGAUUGCUUUUUCUCCAAUUUCCAUUGUAUUCAGUUUUAAUGGAUUAAUCAACUUUCUUCCUUCAAAAUGAGUGCCCCCCCGCCACCGCCAAUUUCAAUUGUAAGCAGAUUUAAUAGAUCAACAAAAAAACCAUAUACUUUUUUCUCCUUUGGAAUGAUUGCAUUUUCUCCAAUUCCCAGUGUAUGCAGAUUUAAUGGAUUAAUUAACUAAAACCAUGUCCUUUCCCCCUUCAGAAUGAUUGUUUUUUCCUCCAGUUUCCAACGUUAGCAGAUUUAAUAGAUUAAUCAACAAAAACCCAUAUACUUUUUUCUCUCCUUUGGAAUGAUUUUCUCCAAUUUCCAACGUAUUUAUUUCACAACAUUUCGAUGCUGCUUGAUUGCUAUAAAACCCUAAGCGGUUUAAAGUUCGCAGACGUAAUGAAUUAUCUAAAGCCCGUAAACAGAUCUGUUAAGGCAGAAUCUGAUGAGAGUUGUAGUCCAAAGCUUCUGGAUGUGGGCACCAGGUUGGGGGAAGACGAUGCAUGCCAAUAAGACUUUGUCUUCAAAGAAGAAUUGCUUACAUACUUUCUCAGGUACAUUGUUGAGCCAAAGAAGAAACAGCCCGUAAGUGUGAAACCACCGUUCCUGAGACCAGACUUAACUGAGCGACAGAUCACAGUGAAGAUAAGCGACAAUGGCAUCCAAGCCAAUCUCAAUCGGAGCAAGGUAAAGCAUUCAUGGCAUCACAGAUUUGGGGUCUCUCCAGAUUGGUGGCGGCUUGGGGCAGGUAUAUUCUGCAACAUGUCAAUGAUGCAAUAAUAGGGCACGAGUGAUGGAUUGUUUUCCUUGUUCUACCAUUGUUCCGUUUGUUAUUCUAUAAUUCUAUAUGGUUGUAACCUGCCCUGGGACCUCAUGGUGAUAAGUAAAAUACAGUGGUAUCUUGGCUGUCAAACUUAAUCCGUUCUGGGAGUCCAUUCGACUCCUGGGACUGUUCGAAAACCAAGGUGCAGCUUCCAAUUGGCUGCAGGAGCUUCCUGCACCCAAUUGGAAGCCGCGUCAGAAGUUUGAGUUCCAAAAAACGUUUGCAAACCGGAACACUUACUUCUGGGUUUGCGGUGUUUGGGAGCUGAUUUGUUCAGGAGCCAAGCUGUUCGACAACCAAGGUACCACUGUAAUGCUAGACACUUGAAACUGAUAGACAUUCAGGACCAUUAAGUUAAACGGAAUGGAAUUUAGCUGGAUGCGACCCAAAAUAAAAUAAAUAGUUUGGACCUGACCCUUUAAUUGUAUUUGCAAUCAGAGUGUUUUAAAGACUGAGUUUUAUUUUGAAUGCUUGUUUAUGGAUUGAGCUGGAAUUCUAACAGGUACUAGAAAGGCAGUCGGAGGGAAAUAAUAAUUUCAGGCUAAUUACUUGAAGUAAAAAUGCUUGUGUGUGGUUGUGUGAUGCAUAAAUAUAUAAUCUCAUUCAUUAGUUUGUUUACUAAGCACGUUGCUACCUCUCAAAGCUAGUAGGAAAACAGAUGGAAAUGUGAUCAAAAGAUUCUAGGACUGUGUAUGUACUCCUGUUAAUUCUGCAUCCAGUGAACUCCACUGGAAGUUUGAAAAGAAUAUGUAUCUAUCCUGUAUCUAUCUUGCUGUUUCUUAUGAAAUGCUGCAUGCUGGUGUCCACACAUACACACACACCCCGGACACAAACCAGUUUUGCUCUGAAUUGAGAAGAAAAACCAUCUAGCUGCAUUUUAAACCAGUAAUGUGUUACACAGCCUCGUAAUUCAGGGAUAUGUAUUCUGGGGGCUCCAUGCACUUGCGAACCAAAUCUAGCAGAAAUCCACGCAUUAGCUCUUGAGACUGACUUAAGUGUUUUCAUUUGCACCCUGACAAUUUGGAGAAGUAAUUCAAAACAGUGCCAAAUUCCUGCAAAAUGGUAUGGUCGGAAUCAACCUCCUUGCUUGAAGAGAUUGCGCCACUUCUAUGCCGCACUCUCUGGUAUGGUAUGGAAAGACCUCAUUUGCUUUGUGGUUAUUUUCAGUCUAAAGUUAGCCUGGAAGGGCUGGAAGAUAAAACCAUGGAUAUUCAGCCUCCUCUACCCCCCAAAGGAGAUUCCAGCAAGUACAGUGAGCUGGGGAGCAGCGAAGGUACAGUGCCCUGUUUUGUGCUUUGUACUUUUAAAACCAGGGAAAGUAUCUUUGGUCUCUUGAAACUUCCUUUCUGCUAGAAUGUGAACAUAGGUUGAGUUGGUAGCUGUGAUCCAGAAAACUCUGUCCAGCUGGCAGAGGGGACAUAGCCAAGCACAUGUCUCAUGUGCACAAGGUCCUAGGUUUAAUCUCAAACCUCUCUGCUUAAAAAGAUCUCAUUGUGGAUAUUUCACCUCUCCCAUUGCAAGCAUCUUCUGACAAUGUUUUCAGAAAGGAGGGGCGGAAUCUGCUCAUCGCUUCUUCCGCUCCAGCCUGACUCUAUGGGAGUCUGAGUGUUAUCUAUGUAGAGAUAAGAUGACUGCUUAGGCAACUGUAACACUCAUGCAGUCCAGUAGCCUCCGUUAGUUUCUAGUUCAUUUUUAGUUUGCAGUAGCUGUAAAAGAAUAAAGAAGUUAUGCUUCGGAGCCGUCGUCCAUGUAGUUCAUCCUCUGCUUUGGCACUGAGUUUGGUACUCACAGCUCAAAGUUGAGAGUCCAUUGCACUUAGACCUGCUUCCCUGCAGCGGAAGGUCUCUGGAAGUGCUUUCCCAGCUCACUUGUCCCAGUCGGGGUUGAAGAGGUUGAGCCCAGUCGUUGAGCCCAGCUCAAAGCUGACACUCAUAGCAGGUGGUGAGAAACACCUUUAUCCACCUGAAGCCUUAGAGAGCUACUGCCAUUAGGAGUAGACUGGGCUCGCUCAAUCAAUGGUCUGACUUGGUAUAAGAGAGCUUCAGAGAGAUGUUGUAAUAUGGGGGGGAACCCACCACUUGCAGCGUUAGACCCACAUCUUCUAACUAGCCUGUAGCCCUCCAGAUGUUGGUAGACUCCCAGCUUUCAUUAUCCCUGACCGCUGACCAUGCUCAUGGACAUCAAUGCUGAAGUGAGUUAGAGUCCAACAUCUGGGGGGCCCAGGUUAGCCACCCCCCACUUUACAGGGAAGGGCCACCUCUCAGUGGAAGAGCACACGCUUUGUCAGCAAAUGGUCCCAAGUUCAGUUGCCACUAUCUACAGGGAAGGACGUGGGUUAAACCACAGAGCCUAGGACUUGCCGAUCAGAAGGUCGGCGGUUCGAAUCCCCACGACGGGGUGAGCUCCCAUUACUCGGUCCCUGCUCCUGCCAACCUAGCAGUUCGAAAGCACGUCGAAGUGCAAGUAGAUAAAUAGGUACCACUCCAGUGGGAAGGUAAACGGCGUUUCCGUGCACUGCUCUGGUUCGCCAGAAGCGGCUUAGUCAUGCUGGCCACGUGACCCAGAAGCUGUACGCCAGCUAAAUAAAGCGAGGUGAGUGCUGCAACCAGAGUCAGCUGCGACUGGACCUAAUGGUCAGGGGUCCCUUUACCUUUACCUGUUACAGGGAAGGUUUGGAAAGACCUGUGUGGAGUCACUGCCAGGCAGUGUAGACAGUAUGAAGCAAGAUGGACCCGUUUUCUUGCUUGGUAAAAGCAAGCAUCCUAUGUAUUUUAUAUAAGAGCUAGCAACCUACACUGUUCAAAUCAAGAUGUGAUUCUGCGGGUGGUAUUCAGCUAAUUUUUACUCAGAGCAGACCUGCUGGCAUAAAUCACUGCAACAAAGGCUCAUUAAAUUUUCAGGUCUACUCUGUGUAGAACUUAGUUGCACGCCACCCUGCAUCUCUGCAGUUUAUAGUUCUCCAGCUGGUGUUCUCCGAUAUCCCUUUGCCGUUCCUCUGGGCCACCCCCUCUUUCCUUUAUAGAGUAACAAGAUGCAAAGAAAAACAGGGAUCUUUAAUUGUAGCUAUCCCUACGCCAACAUCAUCCAAAUCCCUGUAUGACAAAACUAGACCAGCCAAAAUGACUUCUUUGCUUGUACAAAUAAUAAAAGGUAAAAGGGGAGCCAUGUUCUCCUUUGGUCUUGGUUCUUGGUGUCUCCCAAUGCUGAUAUAUUUGGCUUUUUUGUCCUGGUAUUUUCUCUUUAUGAAGGUAGUUGGGUGUCUUGGGUGUCUGUCUGUAGAAAAGUAGGGUAUAAAUUGAAUCACAGAAUGUAGUCUGUUUUCACAGCUUUCCCUAACUUUCCUCAAGCCCCUGAUUCAUUUCCUAGACACCCCUUCUCCUCAUUUUAUGACUUUUUUGACUGCAUUGUCCCUCUGAAGAGCCAAACAAAUCAGUCAAUGGCAACCAAAGACUCUUGCCUGCUUCACCUGCUCUGUUCCAUCUAUGCCAGUCUCUGCCAAACAUUUUAUCACCACCUCCAAAUCCUUUUGCACAUUGUAACACGAAGGGGCUGUAGCUCAGGGGCGGUUUCGUACGCUCAGUGUAAAUUAUCCAGGGGAACACCUUGUUUAUCCAGUGAUACUACACAUGUGCUUAUUUCAUAUGCUUGCACGUCAACAUGAACAAAUUAUUGUCUUAUCUGUGACUGUCCCAGCUUGCCUUGAGGUUCCCGGGUGAAGCUGGGUUGAAGUGGUGGAACUUACUAGAAGAGCAGAAUCCUAUUGUCCAGGGCAGAGUCAAGAUAGGUUACAAAGGAUUGCAGCAGGCAAGCAAAGCACAGUCUUUCAGGACCCUGGACAGAUCACUAUGGCAAGGGCUGGCUGGAGCUCACCCAGGGAGAGCUGUUGUCUCAGCAGCAUGCUAAGGCCUUAUGAAGGCUGACUGGUCUGGACCUGCUGUUAACCCCUCCCCGUUUGAGGAUAGGAUUUAAAGGGGCAUUACUUGAAGCUGCAGGUACUAGCUCCUAUGGCAUGUUGGCGCUGAGGACUCCAUUAGUGGGAGGGAAGCUGUCCACGUCAGGAGCCUAGGAGCCACGUAAAGCCAUGUCUUCUGGCCUUGUAGGUCCUGGAGUGAGGAGGCUGCUGAUCCUCUGCUUCAAAAUAGGGCCUCUGUUCUGGCUUUUAAACUUGAGUGGCACUGAAUACUAAAAGACACUAUACCUUGUGGAAUAAUAUAUGGUGUCUGUUUAUAUAUCAAAACUGAAGAAAGCCAAAGGGGGGCGGGUUGAAGCCAGAGAACGUGACUUAGUGGAAAGAAAGAGAGUAAGUGAGUUUUCUUUCCUCUUCCCCACAACCAGAGAGCAGCCUUUCACCCAAACUGAUGAGCCCUCCCACACCUGCAAUGUACAAGUAUCGUCCAGCUUUCAGCAACGAUCCCAAAGUGCACUACCACGGAGCAUCUGAACAGGUAAGCCUAUCAAUAGUUUGCAGUCUUAUGGACACUUAACUGGGAAUACAACCCUUUUGAAUACGGUGGUGUUUACUACCAGGUCAAGAAGCACAGGAUUACAUUGUAGUAAAAUAAUAAAAAUGUCUUUCCAAAACCAGCAAUUAUGCAGGAAAAAAACUGCAUGAAGAACAAAUUUGAACCUCAGAAAAUUUUUAUCAUUCAUUUCACUUCUGUAUUACUUUAUAUUUUUAAGGAUGGGAGAUCUCAAAGCAGUUUACAAACUACAUUAAUUCAUCAAAUCAAACAAUCCAGUAUAAAACAUUACAGAAUAAAGUAAAAUAUAAAGUAUACAUUCCAAGCAACAUAAUUAAAAGGGAACUAAAAUAUUAUCUUCAAAAAAUUCCAAAUGAAACAUUAGAAAAGGAGGUCAAGGACAGAAUGCACAUUUAACGCAGUAAAGUUAACAAAAUAUAUAUAUAUUUACAUUUCAAAAGAAAACUUAAUUAAAAGAAGUCAAGUAUAAAAUGCACAUUUAAAACAGUAUAAUUAGCAAGAGAAUAAAAUAUUUUCUUAAGCAAAAUACAUAUCUGCUGCUGUUGCUGCUAAUCUUGCCAAUGGUGGUUCAUGGCAGGCGAUGACUUGGCAGCCCCGGCUCGAUGACCUGGGUCUGCACUAAGAGACAGCCAAGAUUAUCUCUGUUCUCUUCAGCAGCCUCAGAUUUUGCAGCUGGAGUCAAUCUGGGCUCUGCCCUCCCAGGCCAGCAAGGGAGGGAGCAAGUCUUGCAGGUCUCACAGCCAAGAUGGUCUUUAUUACAUUUUCUAGCAAGAAGAACCAGAGGGGGAAAUUCAGAAGUGGACCUUUCUGUCCCUCCCAAUUAGCUACAGUGCGGGCCAUUUUAUUUUUUACUCUCUAUGAGCUGAAGUUUCUUCUCCUCGCAUAAAGCAAUCCCUCCGUCCUUUUUAACUUUAAAACUGAGGCAGAGACACCGAGCGAGAACUUUGGUUUUAAGAAACAUGCAGGGCUUUUGUUUUUUGGGGGAUUGGAGUUCAGUGUGGUGACUCAUCAGUCUCUCUAAGGGGACUUGUCUGCUGGCUGAUGGAGGGAGAGCUUUUGAAAGGGAGCCUUGCAGUGCAAGAUUACAGCACUGAGUUAGCCUUGGCUGAAAAGCUUAUUAUCUCAACCGCUUCAGCUUAUUAUCUUGACAAAUGGCUUGCUGCUUCCCUCCGCUAUUGCUUUAUGUGUGCUUCGGCUAGUGCUGAACUUGUAGCCUGGAACUGAAUAGAUCGAGCCGAAUCUUGGUAAAAUGCAGGAUUAUGAAUACUAUGUGGAGCUUCCAUGCUCAUAUGCCACAGAAGCAGGAUGCUGAACGUUUGUCAAGUCCAACAAGGCUCUUUUUGGGUUCUUACAACUUUCUGUAUAUCGCGGUCCUGGGCAAGAAAAGCAAGCAAGCACAGAAUUGCAGCUUUUAGCACAGAAUAUUCAGCAUGAUACAAGGGACGCGGGUGGCGCUGUGGGUUAAACCACAGAGCCUAGGACUUGCUGAUCAGAAGGUCGGCGGUUCGAAUCCCCACGACGGGGUGAGCUCCCAUUGCUGGGUCCCUGCUCCUGCCAACCUAGCAGUUUGAAAGCACAUCAAAGUGCAAGUAGAUAAAUAGGUACUGCUCCAGCGGGAAGGUAAACGGCGUUUCCGUGCGCUGCUCUGGUUCGCCAGAAGCGGCUUAGUCAUGCCGGCCACAUGACCCGGAAGCUGUACGCCGGCUCCCUCGGCCAAUAAAGCGAGAUGAGCGCCGCAACCACAGAGUCAGUGGUGACUGGACCUAAUGGUCAGGGGUCCCUUUACCUUUAUUCAGCAUGAUGGCCAUGUUCCACCUCUGCUGUUGGAGGCAGUAUGCCUCUGAAUACCGCUUGUUCGUGGGCAGAGUGCUGUUGAGCUUAGGUCCUACUUCUGUGUCUGUCACAGGCAUCUGAUUGGCCACUUGCGAGCACAGGAUGCUGGACCAGAUGGGCCAUUGGCCUAAUCUAGUUGGCUCUUAUGUUCUUAUCUACCCCCACAAAACAGGAGAAAUGAUGCAGUUUACAAGUGGGGAGGGCUUCUUGUUUGACUCUGGUCCUACUUCUCACAGGCAUCUAGUGGGCCAUUGUGAGACUAGGAUGCUGGACUGAGGGGGUGGGCAGGGGAGCUUUGGCCUGAUCCAGCAGGGCUGCUCUUAUGUUCUUAGAGAGGUUAGAUAAAUUCAGCAGCCUAGGCACUCAAACAGAGAUUGGGAAACAGGUUUUGGGACUUGAAAUCCCUUCGGCCCCAGCACGCCUGAGGGCCCCACCAUCUCCACCAAGGACUUAACAAUGGGCAUUAGGUGUAUUUGAUGUGCAUUUUAAUGAAUGGAAUAGAGUGAAAGGUUAUGAGUCUUUGAGUCGUGUGGAGUGUGGAGUGUGUAUGUAUGAACUUAACAGUGCUCAGCUUAUUUUUUCAGUUGCUGCUAUAGAUCAUAAAUGCCAUAUUGAUUUGUUAAUCAUACAGGCAGCCCCCCAUUUGUUCGGGGGCUACAUUCCAAGGCACUGCACACACCAGUGAAAUUGUGUAUAAUUGAAAUCCAUUGAAAAAGCCUUCAAACGCCCCGCCUCCAUUCUGCCCUUUUAGUGAUGUUUCAGUGAUGUCUUUAUGACGUUUUAGGGUCACUUCCGGCGCAAUGCGUGUAUGCACAGUCGUGUGUAUAUUGAAUGCGAUUAAACAGGGCUCUCUGCCUGUAUAAUAUUGACCUUUGCUACAAUUAUGACGUUGAUCUUAUUUUUUAGUUGCUGCUUUGCUAACAGGGUUUUAUAGAUUGUAAUUGUUUCAUUGGUAUUUUUAAAUUAUUUUAUAUGAUUUAUGCUUAAUUUGUGGUGCUCUUGUUAUGUUACUGCUAUUUAUUGUUUGUCGGCCACUUUGGGAUUUAUUUGAAUGAAAAGCAGCAUAGAAAUUCCAUCAAUCCAUCAAUCAGUUACCAGUGCCAAUGGUCAAGGAUGAUGGGAGGCUAGCAAUAUCUAGAGCAGCAGUUCUCAACCUUUGGGUCCCCAGAUGUUGUUAGACUACAACUCCCAUCACCCUUGAGCUCUGGCCUUGCUAGCUAGGGGUGAUGUAAGUUGUAGUUCAACAACAUCUGGGGACCCACAGGUUGAGAAAGGGUGAUCUAGAGGGUCAUGAACCCAUCAUCCCUGCUACAAAACCUUUACUCAGAAGUUGAGUUUAGGAGAACUGUACAUUGAUGGCAAAAGAGAUCUGUCAUAGCUUGAGAUGUGGGAACAACCGUCAACAUUUUACUGCUCCUGACCUCCCUCUUCAUAUUUACUUUUCCAUCAGAUCUCCAUUCAGGAAGGACACAAGCCAGGAUCUGUGAUGGAGGAGAAUGACAGCAGCCUCGAUUACCAGUCAGAGCCCAGCCUAGAUAUCCCCAACUACCGGAAGAGUUCCCUUCACAAGACUUACCAGUCGUCCCCGCUGCAGAUAGAUUCCUUUGCUGUCAACUCGAGGUCUUUGAGCCUGAAAUCUGCCAGCAGGAGAGGAGGAACAGACAAAAUGCCCCUGCAUCCCAUGAAGUCAGAAGGGGCCACCUCCACACCUUACAAAAGCAUCUUUUCCCCCAACUCCCUCUCAAACAGGAAUGGGAGCUUGUCGUAUGACAGCUUGCUCAACCCCAUGUCCCCCUCAGGAAGGAGGUGCAUAGCUCAUUCCGCCGUGGGCUCCGUUGGGUACCACUCACCGUACCUGUCUGCCAAAAUGUGCCACCUGCGGGGCAGGGAGCUUCAGCGCGUGCCCCCGCAGAGCUUCAGCCCUGUGCUGGGCAGCUCGGCCCUGCACCCACGUGACCCCUCGCCAGUGCGCUACGACAACCUAUCGAAAACAAUCAUGGCAUCCAUUCAGGAGAGGAAAGAAAUGGAAGAGAGGGAGAAACUCCUCCUCUCUCACCCAGACUCGGUGUUUGCAGACUCUGGUGUGUACGACACCCCUAGCUCCUACAGCCUUCAGCAAGUCAGCAUGCUGUCAGAAGACCCCCGUAGCAUAGUCAUGAGGUAUGGCUCUAGGGACAACCUGAUGAGCGGCAACAGCUUUAGCGUGAGGAAUCCUGUGCUGCAGGCAUCCGUUUCUUCGCUCUCAAGUGCGAUGACCAGAACGUCAAGGACUUCCACUCCUUCCCUCCAAGCUGACCUAGCCAAUAACAAUGUCCAGGCCCAUCAGGCAUUGCAGGGCAGGAUGAGCAAUGGCUCCUAUAAGUCACCCAGCCACCAAGUCCCAUCAUCCCCUGGGGGGAUUCCCAGGUCGCCCUCUUAUGGAGGCCCUAAAGCUGUCUCCUUCGUUAACACCAUGGAGAUAACAGAGGCACAGCCUAUGGGGACUCCAAGGUACGGAUAAGCUUUCAUAUCACUGUUGUUGUUGACAGCAGGCAUGCAAGAAAAAGGGGGAAGAAGCACUUCAAAUGAACAAAGAGUGCUUUGGUGCUCACUGAUGAAAGACUUGUUAUUAUAGCUCAGUGCCUCUCAGAGUAUAUAUAAAAAAAGCAAAACUCCUUGAGCUUGACAUCUCUCUCUCUCUCUCUCUCUCUCUCUCUCACACACACACAGAGAGAGAGAGAGAGAGAGAGAGAGAGAUUCUUAAAAUCUAGCCAACUAUAGAAACAUAUUGAAAAAGGAGUACAGAAAUAACUAAAUGAUUAAAUCUUUGUCCACCUUUUUCAAGCUGUUUCUGUAGUUGGGUAUAUUUUAAAAGCAGAAGUCCCCCCCCCCCCGCUUUUUUUAAUGAAAAUAAAUAAAUUCUCAAGCCUCUGAAGCUUCUAAGGAAGGCACUGAGCAAUAAUUAAGGGCCUUUUGUAACAUCCCAUGGAGAAAGAGGCAGGACUCAUCUGAAGUUGCAGGACCAUGGAUAGCUCCAAGUGAGCAACGUGCUCCAACAAGGGUUGGGGAUCAGGCUGAAGCCUUGGGAAAUGCUGUUCCCAGGCUCUGCCCCCUGCUGGGGAAUGCCAUAGCUUUCAAGGGCCAAUCAUGUGAUCUGGAGACGGGCACUUCUCUGUUCCAUAACCUCCCUCCUGGUGCCCUCCUUGCAUUGCUGGCCCAGCGGCAUGCAGGGGGAGGCAUCUGGCUCCAGGCCCUGAUCCUACGGGCCCUGCUAUUCUGAGAGGUUCUUCUGGGAUCUCCUGUCUGACAGCCUCAAGCACAGUAGAUUUCUGAUCUCCAGCAGUCACCUCACAGCCCUGAACUCUUUAGCUGGUGCCUCUGACUCUCUGUGUCUGGAUUGCUGGUGAAACCAGGGUUAAGACACCACCUGUGGCACUCCUGAUGUCUGCGUAGAGGUGCUGCAUAUAGGAUUGCAGUGUUAACCAUUAAUUAACUAAUUAUUAAUUAAUUAAUUAUUCUUCCUUUCUCCUAGUUCAGGACCUAAGGCAGCUCACAAUAUGAAUUAAAAACAGAUAGAGUGGGUUUUUUUAUUUUAAAAAAAUCACCCACCCGUUAUAAAUAUAUAGCGACCUGGAUCGAGGAUAUCUGCUGGACCUAAUGCUAACCCUUUAUGAGCUAAUGUGUUGGGAUUUCUUUGCCUAAAGAUAUGCGGUACAGGCAGCAGCUCGUUUUAAAAUUGGAAGGACAAUUCCUGGGAUAGUUCCCGGGGAAUGUAGCAGUUUCAUUUGAAUGAUGUGUGGGAACGUGCAAUUUUUUUAAAACAACAACAAUAACUGCAUUUUGCCAUGUUUGCAUUGGAGUAGAAUAACAUUUAGGUUUUCCUGAUAAGUGUAUGAAAUCCUCCUUUCCUCACACUUGUAAGGGGUGGACCUGGCAUUUCUGAAGCAUUUCAUUCUCAAGUAGUAUGUUAGCGCCUGUCUUACUGGACGUGGAGAAGGCAAACAUGGGUUGAAAUACUUACUGAGCCAUGAAUAUUACUAGGUGGCAUUGGGUCAUGGGCUGACCUACCUCUCAGGGCUAUUGUGAGGAUAAAGUGGGACAACCUCAUGUAUGUCUUCUUGAGCUCCUUGGAGGUCAGGCAGAUAACAUUCAGAAAUUACAGUGACAGGACUUGGUAUGUUUGUGUGUUUCUCCUGAAGCUGAAGCCCAGCUUCCCCACCACCUUUGACAGCUAAAUGAGACCAGGGCCCUGCAGGAUUUAACUUCCUUCCACAGGGCCUGUAAGACAGAGCUGUUGCACCUGGCUUGCAAUCUGAACUUAGCCUGAUCUUUUAUUGCCCUUCCUUCCCUCCCCCUCCCCAUUUUAUGAAGAUUACCUGCUCUGGGAUCCCACAGCUACUGUAUUUUUUGCUCUAUAAGACUCACUUUUUCUCUCCUAAAAAGUAAGGGGAAAUGUGUGUGCGUCUUAUGGAGCGAAUGCAGGCUGCGCAACUAUCACAGAAGUUAUUAUUAGAUCAGUCAGCGAAUCAAGUUGCAGUUCAUUAGACACUGCCUUUUGCCAUGCUUCAACUGAGCUGCCCAAUGUUGAAAAAUAAAUAAAAUGGCACAUAUCUGUUAAAUUAAAUGUAUGCCCAUACUUCACUCUCUUCUUAAACCAGAUUUUUUUUUUAAGCGUUGAGUAAAGACUGCUUUGAGUAUGUGGGUUAGUGAUAUUUCAGCGAAUCCGUCCUGUACACAGCAUGUUUUCGUUCACCAUAAACACAUGGAACCAUUUUCUUCUGAGCUAAUUCCAUAUCACAAAGAUGGAGACUUGUGGCCCUCCAGACGUCGUCGUACUGCACCUCCCAUCAUCCCCAGCCAGCAUGGCCAAUGUUCAGGGAUGAUGGGAGUUGUAGUCCGGCAUCUAGCGGGCUACAGAUUCCCCAUCCAAUGCCAUAGGGAAAAAAGCUGUCUUCCUAAACAAAACUCAGUGACUACACUCCAACAAUGGUUCACAGUGGCGUAGCGUGGGGGGUGCAGGGGGGGGCGCGCUCGCACUCGCAGCUCUCUGCCCCUACCUGGCUCACUCACUCUCUCUCACUGCAGUGCUGGCUGUGCGAAUCCGAGGGGGUGGGUGCCAGGCGUGCGGUGUGGAGAGAGAGCGAGGGACUAUCUGGGGGAGGGACAGUGCAGCGCCGCCCAGCGCAGCGCUGAGCGCGGGAGAGAACCACACCAGACCAGACCAGGCAGCAGCAAGAAGAAGCUGGCAGCGGCGGCAGGUUAGGGGUUAGGGGGCGCAAAUUACUUGCCUUGCCCCGGGUUAGGGGGCGCAAAUUACUUGCCUUGCCCCGGGUGCUGACAACCCACGCUACACCGCUGAUGGUUCAUAUUAGGUCUUUCUGUCUGCUAAGCAAGUGGCUUUUGCGAAUGUGUUCUCUUGGCUGUUCUUUGCAGAACCAGAGCAUAAACAACCUCUUGGAAGUUUAUGUUGAGCUUUGGCUGCUGUUGCUUUCUGUCUACUAACUCCCAAUCCCAUUGUCUUUCUUCCAACACAGGGAAGACAUCCAGUUGAAGACACCUCACAGUAAAAUUAAUGGACAGCCAAAAGGAAUUUCCAGAGUAGAGUGUCGACUAGGUUCAACGUCUAGCUCUCAGGGGCCCCCCAUGAGUCCUGCUAGACACUCAAACGUUAAGAAAGUGUCUGGAGUGGGUGGAACAACCUACGAAAUUUCAGUAUAA